AUGAAUCUUUUCUCUCGUCUCCGCAAGGGAAAAUUCCCAGAACAAACCCCGGACCAGUCAACACUGGAUCCACAUGCAUGGAAGCUUCCUUCCUCCUACGCAACAUCUCAGCCAGGAUCAAAGCCAACCGUAAUUCCGAACCCAAAGGUUUUUGCCAACGUGUUCUCUAUUCCGACAGAAUUCGAACCUGUGAGGGUUGAAACUCUGCUCGCUUACCCAGAUGCUAGCCAUGCCGCAGUUCAUCUGGCUCUGCUUGAGUGUUUUCGGGAUUUGAGAGCUAGCGCGAGAGCUCUUGACGUCAGCGUUGAAAAACCACCUCCAUAUAUCGAGAAAUCCACGGCUGGGUCAUCGUCAGAGACUGCGCAACUGCCUGAGUCUCAAAGAUGGGAUUUCCUUAUCAAGUUGGCUAUUACGCGCUUUACGGCUUGGUGGUCAAAUAUUGACAUGAUUUUGAACCAUGCCAGCGUUUAUUCGCACCAUGCUGGGAGUCAAGUUGCUCUUCAGCUAACGAAGGAUUACUUACCACCUUUGGACAUACUUCUGGUGUGGUACGCUCUGAUGUUGAACGCAGAGGCUUAUGAGGCUGCCUGCCAAGCCCAUGAUGGCGAUAUUGCAAGGCUCAAGAACCUCUGCUUUCCAUGGCCAGCCAUACGUGACGUUAUUGAUAUGGAUAAGAUGGAAUAUAAUUUACCCCGCGCUGCUCAAAAUCUGUUCACGAACCUAUCAGAGCAAUCUUGCGAUAUUCUCACGUAUCUGAACAGCCCUCCGGCAUAUACCGACUCCGGCAAAUUGCAGUUCAAGAUAGAUUUAUUCAUCGAAGUUAAGAAGUAUGACAGCUUCAUUGAUGAGUCGCAUCAGCGGCUAUGGAUUCGUUCCCCUGCUUUACACGGGUCGUUGGGCCGCGCCGGCGGGGAGUAUCUAGACUUUCAUUUGCGAGAGCCUAAUGCUGUCGAGGAAGAUGUAUUGGAGAGUUUACCAUUCGGCGUUCGUUUAUUCUGGAGAACGCAUAGCCUGUUUCCACGGCUUUAUAAAGCCUUUCUAGUGGAGAUCCGGAAAAACAAAACUGAUUCCAAGGAGGAUCUGAAAUUGAUUUUGGAUGGAGGUGAUGAGCCGCUUGGAUCAAACCAGUGCUGUUGCUGGAUCUGCGAGAGGAUUCGAGACGACCUACCAGAAUUCUACCACACACAGCCAUCCUAUGUACCAUCGUCUUCAUCAGCACCUAUACUCUCAACCGAAGUUCAGAAGCAACUUUCAACAUUAUCUUCGGAGCAAUUAAGUCAAAUCCAAGAUGAUCUGGGCUUCUAUCUGGCCGUCCAAGAUGCUCGCAAGCGCAAAGUACCUCUUCCUACGAGGCCACCUACAGCUGCUGAGAAAGACGCAGAUAAGAUAUCCAAGCAGAAACAGAAAGAGCUUGGUUAUUUACCUGGACUAAAUGAAUACCUGGAGGUUUUGCCUGAUGGAACGAGGAAGAUAAGACAGAGGAAGGGCAAGGGGAAUAGAUAUUACUACAUGAUGGCCUUAUAG